UCCGUAGCGCCAGUUUUGAUGGAAAAUACUGGGAAAUGGAGGAUGAGAAAAGUUUGAAAUGUCAAAACUAUGGUGAAUAUCACCGAACUUUAAGGCUUUCCCUGAGAAAAAGAAUCAAGAAAUGUUUCUCAAGAUCCAAUAAAAGAUUAGAGGAAGCUGUGGGGCCCAGUAGUGAAGACUGGCUACAGAAUGCUACGCUACAAAAACUUCAGGCGAGGAAGAAAGAGGCCGAGAGGGAUGUAUUCUUGUCUCCAGUGUCCCAGUGUUCCUCACAGCUAACACCAGACAUCCUCAAAUUUCACAGGGGAAGAACAUUUGAAUCCUCACCUGAGAUUUCCACCUUUGAGCGAUUGCUGAGUUCUCAGUCUUCCAGCGGAAGUGCACACAAUGACUGGCUCCAUCCAUCUCUUGGUCUCAGCCCACAAGAUGAAGAAAGUGGAGUUGCCAUUAGGAAUCUGACCGCUGAGGAUGCUAUGAUGAGGAGUCUUGGAAUUACACGAGAUGAUUCAGUGGCCUCCUGGACUAGUUCGCUGGCCACACCCUCCCACCUCCCUAAAUCUCCAGAGUCGGCCGUCAAACAAGAUGCAUUUGAAAAAGAGCACAUGGCCACAAGAAAGCAAAAGAGAGUCCCUAGAGUGUUGUUCUCGCCAGGACUUCUGAAGACUCAGGAUGAGCUGUGUUGUAGUCUGAAUGAAUCCGGUAUAGAAAAGACGGCAGAAUCGGAUGAGGAUGUAGGCGGUAAACAAGUGAUCAAUGAAUCGGAUGAUGUCCCUUUGAAAACAGAAACUCUGGAGAUAGAUAGUAUGCCCAUGUUUUCUCAGGAACUUCUGCCAGAGAAUUCAAACGUGAAUGAAAACAUAUUGCAAAGUGGACAUACAAACUUAGAUAGCUUUAAGAGUGAGGACAAUGAUUCACUGAUAGAAACCGAAACAGUAGCCAUCAAGCAGGAAGUUAUCGACGAAACACUCUCCGAUUUCUUUGAUCCACCAUCCAAGUCAGUGGGAAAGCGACGUUGUGCACCAAGUAAGGGGAGAAAGAGGAAGUCCUUAGAGGACUUAUCAGUAGCUGUAGACAAUAACAUCAGAAGGAAUGUAAAGAAUUCCUCCUCAUGGUUAUCACCUCCAAAAGUGGACAAUAACAUCAGAAGGAAUGUAAAGAAGUCAUCAACUCCAGUGGACAAUAACAUCAGAAGGAAUGUAAAGAAUUCCUCCUCAUGGUCCUCAACUCCAGUGGAGACCAUGAGGAAAAUACCAAAGGGGGAAGCACAUGUGACACCCGCGGAAAGUCACAAGAGAGUGAAGUCAAUUUUGUCAAAUGAAAAACGGAGUUCACGAUCAGGUACAAGAAAACGCGUGACAUUUAGCCAUUCUGAUGAAAUUGUAAAAGAUAUAAGUGAGGAGAGUGAAGAGUGUGCACAAAAGGAAAACAAAGAAGUACCAUGUCAAACAUCAAAACAAAAUCAUGCAUGUCCAAAACUAAGCAAGGAAGCAAGCUCCCAUGCUGAGACAAAUGAACAAAGUGCAAUAACUGUGGAUGACCCAGAUGACCUAUUUUCCCAAGUUUCACCGUCUUCUUUGAGUGAGAUGUGUUCAAUAAACAAUGAGGAUCUCUGUACAUUACAGAACUCGAGCCCAUCUAAUACCACACCAAAUGAAUGUGAGAAAUCAGAAAUGAUCUCAGGAAAUGUGAAAACAGAACGAUAUGAGUCUGAUGUUGAUAAGAAGAGCAAAACUUUUACAAAAGAAUUAGGGAGAGAAAAAUUAGAUGCACUUUCGAAUGAUAAACUGGAGGAAACUCUAGUCAUCUCAAAACCCUCAGGACUUAGGUCCAAGAACAGAAAAUUCCUUUACCCUACGACUAACCAGAUCACUAAGUCGUGCCCAAAGGUUGUGUAUGGCCUCAAGGAAGUUGAAUCCCCAUUGCAUAAUCUACACAUUUCAGAAAAAGGAGACAUGUUUAUAAAACAAGAAAACCAUCCAGCAUCAAUUCAGAGUACCACCAGAUCAACAGAAACUAAGAUGUCUGAAGGACAUCCAUUAUCAACCCAGGGUACCACCAGAUCAACAGAAACUAAGAUGUCUGAAGGACAUCCAUUAUCAACCCAGGGUACCACCAGAUCAACAGAAGCUAAGAUGUCUGAAGGACAUCCAUUAUCAACCCAGGGUACCACCAGAUCAACAGAAACUAAGAUGUUUAAAGAACAUCCAGCUACAGGUUUUCAGAAAUUUUCAUUGUUGGAGUCUGCGGAUGGGUAUGGAGAGGAAAAUUUAAAGGAUAUAUCUAACUCAUUGAAAGAUGUCAAAGACAACCGUGAAGUCAUGCAAAAGUCUACAAAUGUCAAAAUACAGGAAAUGAGACUGAUGGCACAUCGGAAUCAUAACAAAAAGCUAAGCAGUCCCUCCACUUGUAAGCCUCUGCAUACCCCACCAUGUAUCCCCAAACCUACGCAAUGUGAAGGACAUUCCAAUGUACAGUCAUCAAUAGAGAAAGGUGUGGAGACCACUGAUAGAUUUGAAGGUUUUUCUACUGCAGGAGGUAGAAAGUUUACUGUCAAAAACGAUGCUUUACAGAAGGCCAAGUCAUUGUUAGAAGUGGACACUGUUAAUGAAUUGGAGGGAACUGUACCAAACAGACAGUAUAAACUGAAUCCUGAGAAAAUUGCUGAUGCUCCUAAAGUUGAUUAUUCACAAAGCAAAUCAAAUUUGAAACUUUUGAGUGAAGGCAGCAUGGGUAAGUUUUCUGAAUGUGGAGCUGGUUUCCAGGGUUUCCACACAGCCAGUGGAAAGAAAGUGGAAUUUAGUGAAAGUUCUCUUAAAAAGGCUCAAAUGAUUAUCUCAGAAGAAGGGGAUGCAAAAGAAUUUCCUGAUACAGAAUGUGCCAAUAUUUCAGACUUGUUGCCAUCAGGGGACAGAAAAGCAGCUAAAAUUAUGAGCGAGACACCCAGUAUGAAUUUCUCUGGUGGAAGGAAACGCCCUCAUCCCGGGGAGAAUGUUGCUAUAACUGCCAAACAUUCAGGAAAUGUUAGAGACAAAAACUUCAAAGGAAAAGGAAAAAAUAUAUUUUUAGAUAUAUUUGAGGAAUUUGAAGGUUGUAGUGAGCUUAGCUCAGACUCGUUAACAGGAUUUAAAACAGCUGAUGGUAACAACAUAUGCAGUGUAAAAUUCACCAAGGAAAUAGCCAAUCCCACUGAAGUCAAAGCAGUUUCUACAAACAUACAAGGUAUCGAGAAAAAUUCCGCUGACAUUAGAGAAGAAGAAAUUGUUAAAAAGGUGUUUUCUGGAAUAAGAAAAAAAGGUAUUAAUUCUGAAUUGAGACAAGGAAUUCUUGAUCACUCUAUCCAGCCAGAGCGUGCUGGUCAGCAAAUGAAAUCAUCCUCCAUUGCUGCAAAAUUUCCUCAAGGUUCCUACAUACCUAAAGGAUUCCGACCAUUUAAAGCACCUAAAAUUGUAGCUAAGCCAAAAUUGGAGGAUUUUACCUUAGCAAAGACAUCAAUUGUAAUACCAAAGCCUAUGGCUAAUGACACAGGACUACCAGAGACUGUGGAACUAAACUCGAGAAUUCCUGUAUCUGUUAAAUCCAGCACUCAUGCAAAAAGCAGUGAAGUUUCAACAGGGGAUGUGAAAACAGAAAAAACUUUAGAUGAAACUGAAUGUGAUGUAAAAGUAACAGGUGAAACAUCGUCAGAAAAUGCGGAUAUGAGCAAUCUGUUCUUGAAUGAGAUGUUUGAUGACGAGAUGGAGAUCUCACAAAAGUCUGAAUGUACAGUAAACAGAAAAAUUAGUGAUGUGAAACGAAUCAAGGUAUUUGUAGACAGAGAAGAACCGACUUCUUCAGAGGGAGAUGUCAAAAAUUCCAUGGAAAGCAAUGUUACUGAACAAAAUUUAGAGGCAUCUGUUAGAAUGAUUGAUUUCAAACCCAACUUUAGUGGAUUUCAAACUGCUUCUGGUAAAACAGUUAACAUUGAUGAAAAAAGUUUGAAGAAAGCUAAAGAAUUGUGGGAAAGUCAGGCAAAUUUAUCUGCAGCCACAGGAAGUUUUGAUGAUAGUGAUCCAGAAGUAACUUUCAAAAAUAAGGAGGUCCAUUUAUUAUCAACUACUGUGUUAAGAGAUGCUGAAGGCAAGCAUGAAGAGUUGUGUCAAAGAGCCAAGAAAUCUAUAAAUGAUGAGAUAUUACCAGGGGCAGCAUUCAUGGAUGAAGAUCAAGAAAGAACGAUAAGAAAAGAAUUUUAUGGAUUUCAAACUGCAGCAGGGAAAAUUGUGAAUGUUGAUGAACAAUCUCUGUCUGAAGCAAAAGAAUUGUGGGAGAAAUCGCUUAGAGAUGAUUGUUCAAGGCCCGAACACAAAGAUAGCACAAGUGAAACAUUCCUAGGAUUCCAUGCAGCUUCUGGUAAACCUCACUCGGCAAAGGAUGACCCAAAGUUGGGGAAGAAGUCGCAUGAUUUGCCGAGCAGUGAAAAAAUUGAUCAACCCACGAGAAUUGAUGGUCUAGAAAGAGAUGUGAAAUUUUGUGGGUUUCAGACAGCAUCUGGUAAACAAGUGAAAGUGAGUGAAAAUGCUCUGUCAGAGGCCAACAAGUUGUGGGAAAAUUCCUCAGCUAAUGGUGCACAAUCAUUGAUAUCUGAUGGUGAACCAUGUAAAGAUAAACUUUCAAUAGAGGGAUUUCAAACAGCAUCAGGAAAUAUUGUGAAAGUGGAUGAAAAAUCUAUAACAGAAGCAAGGAAACUUUGGACCUCUGCAGAUUUGGAAAAUAGUGAAAACUUGCCACAAUCAGUUCUGGAAAAUUUGUUCCAGCCGGAUAAUUUCUCACAAGUUAGUAUGAAAGACAUGGAUCCUUCUGAAGACCAGGCAUCAGGAGAAACAUUGAAAAUGACAUCAGCAAUUACAGAAACUCCUCAAAGUGUUCCUCGUUCAGCAAAUUCAGAUAGUCGGAAAUCUACUGCCAGUUCAACUGAUAUUCCCUAUAAAAUGCAGAGGACCGCAGAAAAGGAAAUUGAAAAUGAAUAUACGCAACCAUCAUUUGUCCCCAAUGCCUCUAACAAAGGGAUACAUGGUUCUAACCAGACACUAGAUAACAAAACAGCUGAUACUAGUGCACCUGGUGAUAAGAAAGGAACUGUAAAAUCACUAAGUGGGAAUGAUAAAGCCAAAUCAAAUGGACAAGUUCUCAGCAGCAGUACUUGUCCAUUCAUGAGUGCAUCAGGAAAACAGAUUUCAGUUUCGUCUUCAGCUUUGGAAUCCACCAAAUCUUUCUUUAGUGAAAUUGAUGAGAGUGUAGAUCUCAAUACAUCAGAAUCAGAGUGCAAGAGCUUUUCUCCAUUUCAGAGUGCCAGUGGUAAAUCUGUUUCUGUAUCUCAGAAAUCUCUUGAGAAGGCUCGAGCAGUAUUUGCAGAUAACCCUGAGAUGGAAACAUCACACUGUGUGUCAAGUACUGUUACCAAAUUAAAGGUGAAGGAAGAUUCAUUUUUGCCUUUUCAAAGUGCUAGUGGUGGAAAUGUUUCUGUUUCACAGAAAGCUCUUGAAAUGGCUCGUGAUAAGCUUGCAGAGAACUUUUCUAAGGAACAAGCUCCAAAACCUAAGUUUCUUAAUAAUGACAGGAUGAACAGUGGAGUUUCACCAUUUCAGAGUGCCAGUGGGAAAUCUGUAAAAGUGUGCAAGAGUUCUCUUGAUAGAGCUAGGGCAAGACUGGCAGAAAACUUAGACGGAAAUGGUGACAACCCGCUGACAUCCUGCAAUAAAGGACCUGGCGUCGUACCUCGGGUGAAUACUCAGAAGAGAAAGUUAGAGGACAUCAAAACUCCCAAGAAGCAGACAGACAGGGUGUCGGGAGAUGUCAGGGAGUAUGAGAAUCUAGUUCUGCCAGAUGAUUUCUUUGAUGAGAUGGAGACUCCCAACAAGAAAAUGAAAAUCAAUCCUGAUGUUAAGUGUACUAAGAAGCAAUCAGGUCACUUUACAACUGACAGAAAGAAUCACAUGACUGCACUAUCAACAAUUCCUGAAGGUUACACAAAGGACAGGCAGAAUUUCUACACAAAAGCAUUAAGAUGUAAGAGUGAUAGUGAUCCUGAGAACAGCAUUACCUACAUAAAGGCUGAGGAAACUGAGAAAUACAGGACACCUGCUUCAGCUGUACCGGGAACCACAUUUAGGACUCCAUACAAAUCAGGAACAAGCUCUACAGAAAACAUCCACACAGCCCCGAUAGGAAAGGCCGUGCAGCCUGUGUUUGUACCUAAAACCCAACUAGUGACUUCCUGUAGGAUGGAAACAGUCAAUACGACUAGUCAACAGAUUUCAAGCUCGGAGCACACCACAUCCCACAGGAAAGCUGAGAAUGACAAAGAGGAUUUCAUUAAAGCACUGGAGGCUGCCAGGAGGAAACAGGAGGACAUUGUUAAGUCCAAGUCUUGUUGUUGUGUGAAGCCAAGUGCUGGCAGACUGUUUCUGUUGAAAUCUUCAGGGAAGAGGGUCAAACUGAGGGAGGCUAUUACUGUUAGACAUGGCAAUCCCUCUUCCAGUAAUGUUCCUCCUACCCCAUGUACUGUGAGAGCCUGUAAUGCUGCCAAACACCGGUUCUACCUUCCUCACUUCUACAGCAGUGAUGUCACACAGGUGUAUGUUGGAGACGGGGCUCUAUUGGUGUCCGACGAUCACAGAUUUACAGGGGCAAAGGAAAUGUACAAAGCCUUUCUGACGAUAGACAGUGUAGAUCCCUCCCUGAUCAGCGAGGGCUGGUUUGGUAAUCACUACCGGUGGAUUGUUUGGAAACUGGCAUCAUACGAAGUUGUCUCCCCAGAAAAGUUUGGCAGUAGGGCAUUGACUCCAGAAAAUGUAAUGCUGCAGAUGAAAUACAGAUAUGACAGAGAGAUUGAUAGGUGUCAGAGAUCAGCUCUCAGAAAAAUUAUGGAGAGAGAUGAUGCUUCAACCAAACGCCUGGUACUGUGUGUUUCUGGUAUACAGAGAAUGCUACCAACAAGUACUGCUGCACCCGCAACCAAACAACAGGCAGAUGCAGAACCAGAGGUGACAGUGGAGCUCACAGAUGGAUGGUAUAGUAUCCCAGCCAAGUUGGAUGUUCCCUUACUGGACCUCGUCAACAGGAAGAGGAUCCAGAUGGGUCACAAACUAUGUAUUACAGGGGCAGAGCUUGUGGGCAGUCAGGACCCCUGUACUCCUUUAGAGGCACCAGCUUCACUCCAGCUGAAGGUCAGUGCCAACUCUACCAGGCCUGUCCCCUGGGACACUGUGCUAGGAUUUCAGACUGACCCUCGUCCCAUAUGUGUGCCAUUAAUGGACCUCAGUGGAGAGGGUGGAUUAGUGGGAUGUGUUGAUGUUGUGUUGGGAAGAAAAUACCCGCUAAUGUACAUGGAGAAAUUGCCACAGGGAGGGACUGUUUUCAGAACAGCUCAAGCUGAGGAAAAAUUCAGUGAGUUUCACCAAAAACAACAGCAAGAUGCAAUGGAAGCUGUAUAUAUAAAGCUGGAGAGGAAAUUUGACAAGGAGGAUUAUGAAGAGAGCUGUGCAGUGAAGAGACAGUGGAGUAAAAGUGAAAUAACAGAUCUACAGAGUGGGCAGGAAGUGUGGGAGGCUCUCAGAACAGCCAAGAGACCAGACAUUGUAGAGGGGUACUUGAGUGAUGUCCAGAUGCACUCGUUAAUGGACUACAAACAAGAACUACAUCAAGAGAAACUCCAGAGAUUGCAGAACGAAUUCCAGAAAUCAUGGAGCAGUGAGCAAGGGGACACAAUGAGCAGAAAUGUGGUUCCAUUGUUGAAGCUAAGAUUUGUGGGAAUCUGUAGAAAAGAUGUGGAUUCCAAAAUAUCAAUGAUAAUCUCCGUUUGGCGUCCAGGCCAAGAAGUGAUGGAUUUAGUAGAGGGACAGAGAUACAGAAUAUUCUCUCUAUCGACCAAUCAGUCAAGGACACGGUUUAGUCAGCACAGUGUACAACUGACAGCUAAUAGACAGACCAAAUUCUUACCGGUCAGUGUGGACGAGAACCUGUUGGACAUGGUGUUUGACCCCAGAGAAGUGCUUUGUGCGUGUGAUUUGAAGAGGCGUCAACCAACAUAUGGAGAGCUAGAUAUAGUGUGUUUUAUGGUUAGCAUUGAAGGUUCAGAAUUAAAUGAAAGGAAUCAGGAGAUUCUGUAUGGAAUGGACAAAAAUGGAGACAUUAUUGGCAUUAAAUUCUGGGGAGGUCUCAAGGCUUUUGGGCUAAACACGACCCUCACUGUGGGUACGCUGUUCUGUGGCAGUAACCUACAGGAUAAAUUGCCUUAUCGCUGCUCCGUCCUCCCCGUCAUAGAGGCCAGCAUGGAGUUCUCUGUGUUUACCAAGUCCCCAAAGGGUCCCACUCACAGGAAGGCCCACCAGAUACUAACAGAGAGAAUAAAGACAGCAGGGGUGAAAACUCUAGUAGACAGGGGUCAACAGCUGGUGUCUGAACUGCUGGAAAGGAAGAGGAAGAUGACACUGGGCCACACACCUAUUACAGUGCCUGACAAUGUGAGCCCACAUCCACCAAAUUCAGUUCACCAAGCCAAGAUGGCCCGACUAAUGUCCUAUGGAUCCCCCUCACCGCUCUCCCCAAUACCCACAAAAGUGACCCAAGCUGCCAAGAAAAACUUCAAAUUUCCCAAACCGGCAGAUGUUUAGAAAAUUAUUACACAGUUAUGACGAUUUGAAUGGUGCUAGCAUGUUUUUCUUAUCUAUUCAAAGAAAUGAUUGUUACUGUUACAGUAUUAUAUAAUCAAUUUAUGAUAGAAUGUGCCAAAAGUAAGACUAAAGUAUCAGAGUUAUUCCUCUUGUGUUAUACUGUCAUACAUUAACUGACGAUGCGCAAUAAAAUAGGAAAUAUUUUUGCGAGAC